UUAAUUGUUGACAAAAAGAGGUUAAUUGGGACAAAUAUAAUUCAUAUUCUUCAAAAAAAAAAACAAAUAUAAUUCAAAUUGGGACAUAAGUAGAAUUGUAUUAUUGUCCAGUUUGACCUCAUGUAAUAACUAUUGUUGGCCUUACAUACGAAAGCAUGUCACACCACCGUGGGAGAUUAGUAUCCACUAGAUCUGACGAACCACUCUUUUAUAAUACGUUAAAUGGCUGGGUAUUUGGACAAGUUCUCUAGGCAUGUAAAAACAAUCAAAAGAUACAUCCGCCAAAAUAUCAAAAUUCCUAAACAAAAGAUAGACACAUUUUCUGAUUUGAUUUCGGUGGAGACGUGGGUGAUUUCAGCCUCACACAAACAUUGUGCGAGUAAGGUUGAGCUAUUUUAUAUUCAGAAAGUAAAUAGAGUGGUAGGGCAAUCCGAUAUUUUACCUUUUGUUUUUUUUUUUAUAUUCGGAGGAGUUUCCUGACCUCUAUUUUGUGGAUCCAGACUAGCCACGUGACAGAUUUAAGCCUUUGGCGACCGCUUUGGAUCAGGCCACGUGUUGGUUUCUUCGGGCCAAAGAACCCAUGUGAAAACCUCGGUGGCCAAUGCGAAUCGAACCCGAGACCGUACGUGCAACCACAAGCCGUAUACCACCAGACUAACUCGUCCUAUUCCUUUUGUUUUUGAACCAUUAUAUAGCCAAUGAAUUGAUUAUAGUCGAUACAGAUCCAUUUUAAUUGAUAUAUAUAUAUAUAUAUAUAUAUAUAUAUAUAUAUAUAUAUAUAUAUAUAAACAAAAAGCAAGAAGUCCACUUUAACCUAGAAAGAAAGACUCUUCAGCAAAUCGUUCAAAGCAAAAGCCAAAAGCAUUAAGUAUACAUACAUAACACAAAACAAGAUAAACAAUUAUAUACAGCUUUUUGCAUGCCGUCCAACAUAAGAAAAUAGCACUAGGCAUUCGAUAAUUUUGGGAACGUUCUCAUUAAUGCCACAUUCAUGCAAAAUAAAAAGCAGUGAUUUGAAAAAAAAAGUAGUUAAAAUAUUUGAAUACUCCUCAAGGUAGGUGACUCUUGUAUCUACUAAAAGGGUCCAACAGAAUCUAACGGGCCCAGAACACUGAUGGGGUCCACUCUCACAUGGUAGUCAGUCAGUCCCUAGUGUCUUAACGUGAGAGAUCUAAUCUUAACCCACCCACCGGAGACGCGAAACUUCCCCGGCUAACUCAAUCUCGUCUGCUUUGCCGGUCAUGCUGCUCCUUCCUCUCUCAUCUUGGCCACGUUAAUCUCUCCUUCUUUCCCGAAAUACCCUCCACUCGAGGGUCCGUUCUGUAAAAUCAUUUGGCAAACAAUAAAUAAACCAAACCGUGAGCUGUCAUGUUCCAUUGUGAUUACUACAAGACAAAUCUGACGUGGACUCAGAGAUUCUCGAGGCUAGUUGUCUUCUUCUUCCUCGCUAUUCAUAUAUAAAAACUCGUCCCAAGGUCGUCUCUUUCACAAAUACAACAUCGAACUAUCCUAUCUUCUCUUACAAAACCUCAAACUCAAGAGUCAACUCAUAGAGUUGUUGUUUUUUCCAAAGACGUAAACAAAAAAUGGGAGCGUGCGUUUCACGUGAAUGUAUGAGGGGGGAUUCGGCGAAGCUGAUACUGUUCGACGGGACUUUACAAGAGUUCUCAACUCCGGUCAAAGUCUGGCAGAUCUUGCAGAAAUACCCGUCGAGUUUUGUCUGCAACUCAGACGAAUUGGACUUCGACGACGCCGUUUCAGCCGUCUCCGGCGACGAGGAGCUCCGAUCGGGACAGCUUUACUUCGUUUUACCGCUGACGUGGCUCAAUCAUCCGCUAAGGGCGGAGGAAAUGGCAGCGUUGGCUGUUAAAGCGAGCUCGGCGCUGACCAAGAGCGGCGGAGUCGGUUGGCUUGACGGCGACGGCGGUAACUCGAAAAACAUCGUCGGAGUGAAGACAAACGUACGUGGCGGAAGACUUACGCGGAACUUAAGCACGAUCGCCGAGUAGGGUCAAAUUAGUCUUUUGAAAGACGUAUAAAAUUGUAAUUAGAGACGUUUGACUUUUUUUCUUUUUAUGGAGAAAAAAUAAACAAAUUUGCCAUUAGAUUUUGAGAAAUCCCCUAUAUAUUAAUUGUGAAUCAUUUGAAAAGUUAUAACCUCAAGUUUGUAAUAAUUAAAAAUAGCCCCUUCCUACGUGUCCUUUUGUUGUGCUCUUAAUUGUCUUACGUGGCAGUAUAAUAGAGCUCAUUAUGUUGAGAUUAGUAUAAAAUUAAACAUCCUAGCAAAAUGUUAUAUAAUUGUUACACCGUCAAAUACAAUUGUCACAUUCCCCUAUCGUCAUUACUCAUAUACUCCUUACACAAUGAUUCGCUAUAUCUACAUAAGUAAACUUUUGAUUAUGUAUUUAAUUCUAAAUUUUAUUAUUAACAUAAUGGUUGGGCGUAUUGAAUUCGGAAUGGGCUGACCGAAUAUGUAAAGGUACUAUUUAUUACGUAUAUGCUUUUCGUGCAAGGCAUGAGUAGAGUAGAAUGUCGUGUUUUGGGAGACUUCGUUGUAACUUUUCCUAUAUAUACUUUUAUAGUUUGGUACGAAGAAUAAAAGUUGACAAAUAUUUUCUUUAAAUCUAUUCUAGGAUGUCAUCUAAAAUCGCAUGGCCAAACCAUGAGAAGGUCAUAAAAUAUAGAAAAUAUAAUUAUAGGGGAUUUGCAUUCAACUUACCGUUUAUAUAAUUUUAGAAAUUCAUAUGUAAGAUGCUUACUUAAAAACCUUUUUAAUUUACAGAUUGCUAAAGGGAUAUGGCGCCAGCUUAUGUUUUCAAAGGAAGAAAAAAUAAGAGAAGACGAGUAUGUGAAUGUACUUGAACAUCAACAGAAACAAAAGUUCUUGGAAUGGAUGAAGAAUCAAUCAGAACUUGCUGGAAAUGUAGCGUGCUCUUCUAUAUGUUGUUUUGUUUGGCAUACUAUGUCUAAAACGUGGAAACCAAAAUAUGAUAACAAAGACGAGUGUUCUCUGUUGAUCCAAUUUAUUUAAAGAAAAUUUGUUCAACUUUUAUUUUGUUUAUUAAUUUUACUAUCCAGUUUUCGAAAGAAACCAAAAUACGCUUCUUUCGACGACAGAGUCAAUGAUGAAAUGUGAUUGUGAUUGUCUAUAUCAUACUAAUUUGUUUUAAACUGUUGAUGGAUUGCCAAGUAUUUGAUGAUAAGGUCAUACAUAAAGACAAUAGAAACACCGUUAAUUCUUAUGAUAACUCAAUUUAACCGGUAUGCCAAAGUUUAAAUAUCUUAGAAACACUGUGGAAAGAAAACACUGAACCAUGGAAUUUAUUUUCUAUAGGGGAUUUGUAUUGCGAAAUUAAAACAAAACACUAUAAUAUUGUCACAUGUAUCGUGGUUAUUCGAUAACAUAUGGUUUGUUAUACUUACUUUGUAAGUAUAUGUCGUGGCAUACAUUAAACUUAGUAUACAAUAUUUAAAUAUAAUAUAACUUUGACUUUGGCAACAAGUUUUAAAUCAGUAAUGGUAUUGCCAAAAAUAAAGAAGUAUCUUUUAAUGAUCGAUUGGCCAUCACGUUUAUCCUAUAUUUUUGAGACUUAGUUUAGGAACGAAAUUUGCAAUCAUUAAUGCUAUAAAACCAUAUAAAGGAAAUAAUAAUAUUUAACUUUACGUACCCAUUAAAUAUUUGUGUGGCCAUCACGUUUGCUUCGACACCAAGGUUUCAUCGAUGUUAAUGUGAUAUAUGAGAUAAGGAAAACAAAAUAUGUAGUUUCCUGUGACUCUUUGAUGGUAAUUAUUAUGGCUCCCAAACCUAGACACGACAUAUAUAAACAUUGCUCCCACUCAUUGAAUCCCACAUCAACUUGCAAACAAGCAAAAGAGCCAAAAAAAAUCCGUUGCUUAGAAACCAUGUCGAUCAAUCCAGUCGCUGAUGUUAAGCCUUUCAAAACUAUGUGGAAGAUCAAGGUCAAAGUCAUCCGGUUGUGGAAACAAUACUCAGCUGCUGGAGGUGAAACUAUUGAAAUGGUUCUUUGCGAUGUUAAGGGUGCUAAGAUUCAUGCAUCGGUGAAAAGGGACUUGGUUGCUAAAUCCUGGGUGAGUUCAAGUGUUACUUUAAUCCAUUGUUUAUGACACAAUACAUUUACUAUUUUCCUAAGAUGAUAUGACUCUUAACAUUACAGGUAUAAACAUCUAAACUGUGUUGCAUAUGGAAGGAACGCUGUUGAGAUUGAUGCUUACUGGAAUUAUACAAGAGCAAAUGUUGUUUUGUGUGUCUUGAGUUUUUGGCAAAUCGAAAGGCUCCAAGGUAUAAAUUUUGUUUUAAACCUGUUAAAUUUAUACUUAAUUUAUACGCUGUAAAAUUGGUUCUUAAAUUAUACGUGUUUACCAAAAUAUUUUUUUUUGUUUCAUUAGGUCGAUUCACAUUCAUCACGAACAUUGAAGGAUGUUCGAGGAUUGAAUUCGAACCCAAUAUUCCGGAGAUUAUAGCUUUUCGUCAGCUGUAAGAGCAUUAAUAUCUUUACAAAACACGAUUUUGUUCAUAUCAUUAAAGAUCUCUACUGUUUGUUAAAAAAAAUUGUCCUUUUUUUAACAGGAUUCCACCAAAUGCUUAUUGAUGUCUUGCAACAAGCAUUCGAAGGGAUAAUGAGGAGGACGUUUGGUGUUACAUUUUAUCGUUUUCAGUUUUUUAUCUUUCAGUUUUUGAUUUUGCUUUAUAAUGUUCCUGGGUUUUAUAACAUAAGAUAAAUUUAUUUUGAUCUCUAUUUUUACAAUGCUAAAUGAUAGUUAAUUUUUCACAAGUGCGUUCUUUACUGGGUCGUAUAAUUAAUUAUCUCACUAUUGUGUCAAUACAGUUGAUGCUAACCUUAUUAGUAGACGUCCUAUUGUCUGAAACAACACCCUUGGUUCCCACCUCUUCAAUCUUUCUCUGCAAUGUGAAACUCUUAUUCAAUAUAAACUAAAAUAUAUCGUCAACUCAAAUACAUUUAAGGAUAAUUCACAAAGUUUUGCUUUGCUUGAUUGUUUAAGUAUACUCAUAUCAAGCAAAGAAUUUUUAAUACUAAUCAUAAAAAUUCUAUUUCAAUCAAGCAAACAAUCAUUAAAUUUUAACAUUUUUAUCAAGCAUUUGAAUUCAAAUAGAUAUUCCUAAAUAGAAUUUAGAUUUGUUGAAAUCAAAUAGGUAAACGAUGGAUUUAGGUUUUCUGUGAAAGCUAUGUCAGAUUUCAACCUAUAUUCGAGACCCGAUUGAAAAAUAAAUACCGAAACAAAUGAAACUCCCUGCAAUUGAUAAUUGAUUUUACAGAUCUCAAAAUAUUAUCAAAUUGACUAACCUUAUAGCUUCUCAUUUUCUGAAUCGAUUGUUUACUCUGUGGAAGACCAGUAACCUUCGAUUGCUGUUAUUGAUUAGGUUUGGAACGGGAAUACGUAUUGCACAGAGAGAUAAAUCAGAAGAUCGCUUUGGAAUCGUCUGUGACGGUGAUAAACGAAACAGUCGAUUCGGGAACGGCAAAUAUGGGAAAAAUUAAAAAAAUUUGGGAAACAAUAUAUCUGCAAUUUGUGUUAAGACAAUGACUUGCUUUUCCCCUCAAAUAUUGGACAAUCAUAAUUAAGGAACAAAUAUAAUCGGGCCUUUCAAUUUAUUUGUUUAUUAUUAUGGCCCAUUAUAAUUAUUCAACUCAUCUAUUAUGUUAUAUAUGUUACGACAAUAUAAUUUAUAUAAAUGUUGUGAGAAAUAUUUUUUUUAAUUCCAAGUUCUAUUAAGUUGUGUUAAAGUCUUUACAAUAAUCAAAUAUAAAUCUUUUAAUAAGAUUAGUUACCAAAAAAAUGGUAUGCUAUUUUAUUUGUCUUACUAAAAAUAUAUCACAUACUCGGUAAUAAACAAAAAUAUUUAUAGAAAGAUCAUUGACUGUAAAUACAAUUUAAUCUUCCAAUAUCUAUAAAUACUUAUAUAACGAAAAAACAAAAAUCCUAUAUCUCUUAAUAAAAACCC